AUGAAGAAAAAAUAAAUUAUAAAUUUUAAAUUAAAAAUUCUAAAUAAUAUUUAUUCUUUUUAUAAUAUAGUUAAAUAUAUUUAAUUUAAUUAUUAAAAAAUAUAAGUAUAUUUAAAAUUUUAAAUUUUUAAUAAAUCAUAAAUGUCUAGUGAAUUAGACUAAAUUAUAGAAACAUUAAAAAAAUGCGAUAUAAUAAAAGAAAACCAAGUAAAAAAUUUAUGUAAUUAAGCAAGGGAAAUUUUAGUUGAAGAAAGUAAUCUAUAAAGAGUUGAUUCUCCGGUUACGAUAUGUGGAGAUAUUCAUGGUUAAUUUUAUGAUUUAAUUGAACUUUUUACAGUAGGAGGUUAAUGCCCAGAUACAAAUUAUUUGUUUUUAGGAGAUUUUGUAGAUAGAGGAUAUCAUUCAGUUGAAAGUUUUUUAUUAUUAUUAGCAUUAAAAGUAAUUCAAAAAAAUAAAAAUAAAAAAAUAAUAAACAAAUAAAACAGACUAGGUAUCCUGAUAGAAUUACUCUUGUAAGAGGAAAUCAUGAAUCAAGAUAAAUCACAUAAGUAUAUGGGUUUUAUGAUGAAUGUUUAAGAAAAUACGGUUCAUUGAACGUAUGGAGAUAUUGUACUGAAUAUUUGACUAUUUAACACUUUCAGCAAUAAUAGAUGAUAAAUUUUAUAGUGUACACGGAGGACUUUCGCCAUCAAUAAAAACAUUAAAUGAGAUUGUUUAAAUUGAUAGAAAACAAGAAGUUCCUCAUGACGGGGCAAUGUGUGAUCUGAUGU